GCGCCGAUCCACUGGGCCGCUUCCAGGGGGAACACGGAGAUCAUCGAAAUGUUGAUACAAGCGAAAUGUGACAUCGAGGCCAGAGACAAGGUAAUACUUCCAUGAUUUGUUUUCAAUAGAACCAACCGCCCGGAAAACCGUUCGACCAGGAAACAACGGGGGAUAAUUUAUUAGUCGUAACUGCGCCCACGCGAUGCAACACAGUCGUUCGAAAAUAUUUGAUCGUUCGCAGGGCAAACGGUGACCUUUACUUCCGCGCAGGAUGCUCGAGCUUUUAUCGCGGUAUUAUGGACCAUUAAAUGAAAGCUGAGUGAAAAUAUUUCUAGAUAAUAUCGUCUUUUGUAUGCUGUUGUUAAACAGCGUUUGACCGGAGGUUUCGAUAGAGUAAUUUAGUAUUAGAAAGUAGUAGAGUCCAUAGUAUAUCGUCUUUUCUUACUCAAGUUUCCUUCUUUACUUGCGUUUACUGAUUUUCAUGCUCAAGCAGCUAUUCUGACGUUUUAUCGCGAGUUCACCGUGAAACCACUUCACCGUAAUUUGUCAAAUAGAAUGCAAUUAUUCCUGCGAACACUCAUCCGUUGCGCAAGAAUGUAAUAUUAAGACAACUCCCACGAAUUAGGCACGUUUUAAUUAAAUUCUGCCCGAAUAUUUGAAGUUCGGUAUGCGGCCGCUGCACAUGGCGGCCUGGUACGGCCACCGAGACGCUGUGAAGAUGUUGAUCAACGCCGGAGCGAAUGUGUCUGCUGUCAACAAGAAACAAUACACCCUUUUAAUGUGCGCCGCCCGGGGCAGCAACGUCGACGUCGUGGAGUACCUCGCGGAGACCGUGGAAUCGCUGAACGGCAGCGCAACCGAUUGCACCGGUGCAACUGCACUUCAUCACGCGGCCAGCGCCGGUCAUCCGACUGUGAUAACUGCGCUCUCCAACAUAUCCAGAAUCGAGCUGAACGCCAUCGACAAGAAAGGACAGACACCGAUACACUGUGCCUGCGCGCAAGAAAACAUGGCAGCCGUCGAGAUCCUCAUAGGAUUAAACGCGAACGUGGACGCGCAGGAUUGCGAGGGGAACACGCCGCUUCACGUCGCCACGAGAACGAGACACACCGCCAUAGCGCAGUUGUUGUUGAGAGCUGGAUGUAACACCGAAUUGGUUGAUCAAAUGGGUUUCACCCCGCUGCACGUCGCCGCCAGCCAGGGCUGCAAAGGGAUAUUAGACUCGAUGAUUCAACACGGCGCGGCUCUGAACAAACAGUGCAAGUACGGGAACACGCCGCUGCACUUGGCCUGCCAGAACAACGAGGUGGAGACGGUCGAGAUACUGAUCAACAAAGGGGUGGACCUGAACUGUUUGAACACGAGGCUGCAAUCGCCCAUCCACAUCGCCGCCGAGAUGGGUCACACGGACAUUUGCGAGCUGUUGCUUGCAGCAGGUGCGAAUAUCGAGCAAAGAGAACAGAGCGGCAGGACGCCGCUGUACAUCGCGGCGAGAGGCAGUUUCACGGCCAUCGUCGACAUGAUCAUUAAAACCGCCCGGCUAGACUAUCCCGCACCGGAAGCCUCGACGUCGGACAAGGAAAUCCGAGACCUGACGCCGGCUAGAAGAAGAUGGCGCGAGGGAUCAAGGGGAGGAAGCAUUUCCAGCAACAACUGCGGUCUUCCCGAGCACAUCCGGUCCGUUUUAUGGAAGUUGGCGUACAAACACCUGGGUCCCGAAGACUGGAAGAAGCUGGCGCUCCACUGGGCCUUCACGCAGGAACAGAUCCUAGCGAUCGAGCACCAGUACACUGCUCCCCUUAUAGGUCCUGCGAGCUACAAGGAGCACGGCUUUCGGAUGCUGAUGAUCUGGGCGUCGGGGCUCAACCCUGAGAUCCAGAUCGCGAAGGAACUCUGCGAGGCUUUGAUCGCGGUGGACAAGAAAGCUGCUGCUGAAUCCGUUCGUAAGCAUUUGGAUCAAGAGAAAGACGGCAAAACGAAGUCGAACAGGCAACGAUGUCAUAGAUGUUCCAUUACUUAAGCGCGUCGGCCGUACAGUUCCCGGCGAGUCGCGAAACCGAACGAUCGUCACGUCGUCGACGACUUACGAUCGCGUUGUCACAUAUCUGUAUAGUUGCCGAUCUUUUUUACAGUACGAUUCCGUAUAAAACACGCAGUUCAUAGUGAAACCUAGUGUACAGUUGUAAAAGGAAAGGAAGGGAAGAGGAAAUCAACGAAACGAGUUGUACGAAUCAACGAAAAUGCUUUCCGAAUCGUGUAAACUUAACUUUACAGUCUGGUGAUUUUACGUAGAUACGAAGCAACAUGAAAGGAAAUAAAAAGAAGCAACGUCUGUAAAUAUUUUCGUGAAGUGCAAUCGCUCUGGCGGGUCCCGAAGCGUUGCGCUUCUUCGUGUUAUCCGAACGAUGAACGCGCGCGCGACAGAACGUGAACCGUCCUACGUCGUUUUAUUCUUUCGAAUUGAUCGUGUAACUUCGACGAUAUCGAUUCUGCUCCGCCGAAAAGCGGCCGUAAAACACGUAGAAUAUGUACCUUGGGGCGAGCGGCGAGCUCGCCGGGCUUUCGAUGUGAUAAAACGAGUCUACCGUAGAUUUAUUUGGUAUUGUACGGGAUAAUUGCGCAAUUCCAGAAAGACAAUCUCUACAUAUCCAGGAAAUGUGUACGAUUAAAUAAAGCUGUAACAGAAAUAACCAUUGAUUUUUCAAGCAUGCAAACAUUCCAACGGAACACACAGAUCGGACGUGAAUUACAUUUCUAUUACA